AUGUCCCUGCCACCUUCUGAGCUAGAGGCAGACGCAAUCACCAGUUUUAAGGCAGUUACGAUCUCGUGCACUGCUUUGCACCUCUAUUAUAGUGUGCUACACUUUGAUGAGGAGAUCGAGUAUAUUUGGAUUGGCUACACUAGGCACCCUCCAUAUUCAGUGGAGGAGCACGCUUUUAGCACAACAAGAGAAAGAGGCUUUAUACCGUUCCUCGAAAAUUGUUUAAAUGGCCAUCUGUUUACUGGUCUGGGGCCGAUGGUUAUGUUACUCGCGGAAGUGAUCCUAAUGAUGCGUGUUUACGCUUUAUACGGUGGGGCCAAGAGAAUCCUAAUUGCAUUCACUGUGAUUACAUUGGCUCUCUUUGCUGUCAACAUCCUGCAGCUGUCUGACAUUCUCAACGAAAUAGACCUCAUCGGUGGCCCGGCCGGUUUUAUAAUACAGGGUGAUUCGUCCUCAUGUGUCCUUGCGAUCCCGAUGUCUCCGAUAGCAUGGUCCAUAGCUUCUUUUGUCGAGCUGCUUCUGCUUCUUCUGGUGAUCUUGAAGAUGGCAGAGUUGAAGACACUUAAGAAACCCCUGCAUGUCUCAAGGGGUGAUACUCUGCAGACGCAGGAUAUAACUGCAACAAUGGCGAGAGACUCUAUCUUAUAUUUCGCCAUGGUGUACUUCAACUUUGUCAUACUUCCGGUCGAUGCGACAGCCUAUAUAGCCGCUUUUACUGCUGUUCCUACGGUGGUCAUCCUGCCUUUCGUCUUAUUGCUUAAUGGUCUUGUCGUUGCUAUCGGUCACACAUCGGAGUCGCCUCACCUUCUCGCCAUUGACAACGACUCUUGUUGCUCUUAUGAAGUAGACCCGACGUACCAGCGCAAGUUCAGCAUUGUUUGGGCUUCUAUUGCAGCUUUCUUCGUUUUGGUUGCCCUUCCGACCUUUGUCCAGUCGGUUCGUGCUGGACGGGUAUGGGAUGCUCUCGCUGGCGUUCGUGAGGAACUAAACACUUAUGAACCUCUUCGUGCGGAGAAGCAAAAGGCUGUGCAACACAAGGAGAGAAAGCUGACCGGAAAGACAUAUAAUACUCUGUCAGCAUGUAAAGCUUUUACAAUGUGGACAACGCCUAUCAUCGGUCUUGACCUUGGGCAAGUUAUUCUCGUUGUCGGUUACUAUAUUACCAUUCUUCUCUGCAUUACGCUGAAUUCCGAGCUUAUCGACAACCCGAAUCGCGCCGGGUUUCUUGCUAUUGCCCAACUGCCUCCCGUCUUCCUUUUUGCAACAAAGAAUUCACCGCUUGCCAUUCUCCUCUCUUCUGGGUACGAGAAAUUAAACUUCCUACAUCGCUGGUGCUCUCGAGGGGUGGUGCUUGCCGCAGCUGUGCAUGGUUCACUAUGGAUCCGCAACCAUCUUCAGUAUGAUUUACAGAUUCUCGGCGCGCAAAAGGAGACAUCGGGUGUCGCUACUUUUGCUAUGUUAUGCAUACUUGGUAUCACUUCCGUGCGGCCUGUACGUUCACAAAUGUAUCAGGUGUUUCGUUUGAUACACCUUCUUGCCGCCCCUGCAUUCUUUGUGACACUGUGUUAUCAUACAAUAUACGCCCCACCGUAUAUCUAUCCGCCACUCGCGUUCUACGGAUUUGACCUAUUCCUUCGUCUCGUCCGAUUCCGCUUCAAGGAUGCAACACUUGUUGCUCCGGAUGCUCAUAUGACGAUUGUCCGUAUACAUGACUGCACGUCGGGAUGGAGUGCAGGACAGCACGUUCGCUUGCGCGUUUUCAUAGCAAAUCGCAUGUUCGAAAGCCAUCCACUCACAAUUAUGAAUGCACCCCGCUCGAUAACGUGCCUUGACACUAGUAUGAGUCGGGAGCUGCUUCUAGGGGCAAGAGUCUGCGGAGACUGGACUCGAGCUCUCAAUUCUUACGUGCAGACAUACGGUAUUGUUGAGAAGGCCAAAGGAGUUAGUGGCGAAGAUCCUAAGCCGUCAGUUGUGACAGUUCAGUCUGAAGUCGUUGUCGAGGGCAGGCAAGAUGGGGAUCUUGUGAAGACACCGCCAUCUAAGAUCGUUGACACGGAAGAGUCGGUCAUAGUGGAACAACUUGACUGGAUGCCUGCAGGUGUGAGUGCGCCAGUGCAAGUGCUUCUAGAUGGGCCAUAUGGCGGUUGUCCACUGGAUCUCGGAACAUUCGAGUGCGUAUUUCUCGUCGCGGGUGGGUCUGGUAUGACCUUCACGCUCGGACUCCUCGAUGAGCUCGUCGGUCGCUGCGUUCGGCUAGGUCGUCAUGAUGGAGAGGUAACGCGACGCAUCGAAUUCGUCUGGUACAUCCGUUCAUUCGGCGCACUACACUGGAUUGCACCGCUACUCUCGACCAUCGCUUCACGUGCUGGAGAGCCUGAGUCGUCAUUGGACUUACACAUCAGCGUUUACGUGACUUGUUUGUGUAACCCGGAAGAUGUCCCGCCCAUCCCGAACUGCGAUGUUCUGCUUGAAAAGCCGAGCAUCGGCAGGGUGGUUGAGGGAUUCGUUUCACCGAGUGUUCCGAUGUACGAUAAUGAGUCUCACGACUCGAACGAGAAGGAGAAGACUACGAAAGGGAACUCGGUUUGGUCUAGUUUGGCCAUUUGUGCUGCUGGUCCGGAGAGCCUGACCGCCGAGGCGAAGAAUGCUGCUGCUCGACUUGCACUCCGGAGCUCGACUCGCAAAGUGGAGUGUCAUACGGAGACGUACUUCUUGUGAUGGCGUCUCGGUGCCAUGGACUCAUUCCGUCUUGCUUUGAACUAGUAUAGCUGUAUGUUCACGAAGAUAUGUACGACUUAUGUUGUGUUCCAUCUUCCUCAUCCUGGAGGACUGUGCCGGGCCUCACAAGCUCUUUCUUUCAUUCCUUGAGGCUGAUGUCGAGGCUGGUCCUUGCAUUGUAAAUUGUAUACUAAUCUACCACUCAGAUGAUAAGAGAAUGUUGUUGACUCUGUAGGCAACAAAAAGCUAUCC